UUCUUCCCCCUCCCCCUUCGACCUUUCUCACGCUAUGCCGCCCCCCUUAAUUGGAUUCCAAUUUACCGCACCACACUCAACCUCCCUCCCUCCCUUCCCCUCACACUACUAUAAUAUGUUCCCUCGCCUUCCCUGUGCUGCCACAUCUCUCUCUCUCUAUCUCUCUCUCUCUCUUCCUCUUUCUGCUGGUGUCUCAAGAGGGGGGAGGGUAGGAGAUGGCGGGUUGCAAUCAGGGGAAUAGAGCUUCCCAGGGUGAAGAGGUGAUCUUGGAGAAAAAAUAUGGAGGAAUUGCACCAAAAAAACCAUUAAUCUCAAAGGACCAUGAAAGAGCCUACUUUGAUUCUGCGGACUGGGUCCUCGGCAAGCAAGGAACUAGUCCAAAAGCAAAAACUGCUAUCGAGUCUCUGAAGCCCAAGCUGAAGCGUACUCCACAUCAUCAGCUCCCACCACGAAGGCCAACAUGCACAUCUGGUGUGGAAGAUGCAGAUUAAACUGCUGGUACAAUUGAAGUCUUUGAUGGAUGGUUGGGCUAAACUUUCAUCUUCCUCCAAAAAAAAAAAAGGAAAUAUGCUGAAAAGUUCAAAAAAAUCAUGAAGUCAUUCAUGUGAAAUGUCAUGGAGUUGGUGAUAAAUAUUCUGCACUUAUUUGAGAAUAUGAAACAUGGACUUCUCUA